AUAUUUCGAGCAAGCCAAUAAAUACUUUAGCGCUAAUAGGGUGUUUGUUUGGCUGCACGGUGGCCCGCAGGAUACAUAAUGCCAGACACCGACAUCCAACAAUCCGCUUUUUCUGCGACAUUGGCUUUAACUUACUUUUGGCUGGCAAGAAAUGUCUGUCGGAUCUGAUCAUCCGGAUCAGCGCACGGAAGCCGGGAUGCGCGCCAUAAAGUCCUUGUGAUCGGAAUCCGGCUGUAUCCUGAUGGGCGGGGCUCCAGCGCGUGACUGAACCCGGGAAGCGGGUGCUGUAUUGUACCGGCUUGUCGAUCCAGCCGGUGCGGUUAAAGACGCGUAUAAAGCCCGGUGCCGGCACGAGCGCAGCUGCAUACACAUUUAGACACACGUCAGGGAUUAUAAUUAAUGAUGGAUGGGUGAGCUGCAGCGUCCGAUCGGGCUGGAUAUGUGCUCCAUUUCCGUUGUGUGCUGGAGUUUGCAUUUUAAUCCGGCGCAACAACAGUGUUGAAUUUUUCCUCGUGCAUUCUUUGGCGUUACGUAGUUUGAAGUUGAUCGCGUGUUGUACAAAUUAUUAGCUCGAUUGGUCGCAGCAGUAAUUCGCCGCAUCUGAUUUUCUAUUUUAUUGCUAUUUUAUUUUUUUUAAUUAUCCGCAGCCGCUGAUAUUUUUAUUAUUUGAAUUAAUACGCUACUGAUAUUAUUAUUGUUUAAUUUUAUUUUAUUUUUAUCCCCAUCUAAUUUUUUUAUUUUUUUUAAUGUUUUCAUUGUUAUCCGCAUCUGAUUUUCUUACUGGCGCAUUCUGCGGAAGAUGAGCGAUACGAACGAAGCGCUGCUGGACUGGCUGCGCAGCGGGCGUCUGCUACAGCCGAACCUGCCGUUGAAUAACUCGAACUCACUUCCCGAUGCGGAGCCCUUCGGAGGACGCUGGCGGCAACUGUUGGUAGCGACGCUGCUGGAGUUGGACAGCUACAACACCACAGGCUUGAGCUUGGCCGGAGCGCUGGCCUUGAGCGACAGCCAGCUGCGCAAGUGGGCGGCCGCAGCCCAGGCCGACGCGACGGCCACGGCAUUCCCGGAGCUGGAGCCCAAGAUGUUCAGUCCCGAAUACCAGGUGGCCGCCACGCUGCUGCACACCCUCAUCUUCCUCUUCGGGAUGCUGGGCAAUCUGCUGGUCAUCGCCGUGGUGAUGCGCCGGAAAUUCCUGCAGACGCCCGUCAACUAUUAUCUGGUGUCACUGGCGAUAGCUGACGUGCUGGUCCUGCUGGCCUCCAUCCCCGACUCGGUGGCCUCGUAUUUCCGGCCGGCUAAUGUAUGGGUGCUGGGGCAAAUUGGAUGUCAGACGCUCAUCUUCCUGCAGUACCUGGGCAUUAACGCCAGCAGUGCGAGUAUGCUGGCCUUCAGCGUGGAGCGCUACUAUGCGGUAUGCCGGCCCCGACCGCUCCUAGAUUACCAGGUCAGCCAGGCCAAGAUCCGGCGCGUCAUCCUGGCGCUGUGGAUAGGCACCAGCGUUUACUGCAGCCCGUGGUUUUGGUUGACGGAAACGGCCAGUAUGGGCUACACCCAAGCCGCCCACCGGCAGCUGCAGCGCUGCCAGUUCCGUCUGUCCCGCCAGCAGUACGCGUAUCUCUUCAUCGGCGACCUGGCGCUUUUCUACGCUCUGCCGCUCUUGAUCUGUGGCGCUCUCUACGCGAAGAUGGGCCUCGUACUGUACCGCAGUACCCAAAUGAAUAUGCCGGAUUCGCGACGCCCGUCCGCUGCCACCUCCGGCAUUGAGCAGCAGCCGGUCUUGGCGCUGGUGCCGGAAUCCCCGGCGGUCAGCACGGAGGUGUGCCAGUUAACGUCACGCCGCUGCAGCAUCGAUAGUGGCCGUACGCGCCGGAUCGUCCGCUCCCGAAUUCAGGUGGUGAAGAUGCUGGCGCUGGUAGUUUUUCUGUUCGCCGUCCUGUCCGUACCUUACCGUUGCUUGAUGGUGUACAACUGUUUCGCCGACAAGCCCUGGUUAAACGUUUGGUACCUGCUGUUCGCCAAAACGUGUAUUUUCCUCAACAGCGCCAUCAAUCCCGUCCUGUACAACGUCAUGAAUUGCCGCUUCCGAAUGGCAUUCCGCUCCAUGCUGGCGUGCGAGAAGACAAAGAAAUGAAACGAAGGAGCUUCGUGUCCCAAGUAAUGCCGACUGCGCCCAGCUGGCUAAAUUUCAUUGGUGACAGUGCUUUAUUGGCGCUAGUUACAGCAUAUCUUGCAGGGAUUGCCGUGUUAAAGCCCUGCGCACAAUAUAAUAAUAUUAUGCUUUCCUGGAUUAAGCUAGUCCCAAUGUCACCAUGUUAUAAUUGCCGGUUGCGACGCAGUCACGGACAGAUACUGCAGUGUACAUAUAUAUAGCGCUUUUUGUGCAACAUUCAAAUGUUAUUUGAUUUUUUUGCUGACAAAUUUUUUCCCAAAGUGAAAAAGUAGAGGUCUGCGUGGAAAUUGUUUAGCACUACGCACUUGUCCUAUUUUUGUAAUACGGGUUGGAAUCACGCACUGCGAUCUUACCAACUGUAACAAUAUGGAGAUUAUAAAAGCGAUU